UUAUCCCAACGACCCGGAAGUUCUUCUGCUAUUUUUUUGACACGUAGUUAGCGGCGUUGGCGGAGUCCUGGACCAUUAGCCGUGCUACUUGCAAUGUCAGGAUUUGACAACUUCAACACAGACUUUUAUCAGUCUAGUUACAGUGUAGAUGAUCAGAACCAAGGAGGAUAUGGCUACAGCAACACAGAUGAGCCCUACAAACCAUAUGGACAGUAUGAUUACUCACAGCCAAUGGGCUACUCAGCAGCUCCAGGAAUGAUGCAGCCACAACAGCCAUACACUGGCCAGAUAUACCAGCCCACACCAGCCUUUACCCCAACCUCCUCACAAUCCAUGUACAGUAGCAGCUUUGAAGAUGAGCCCCCAUUGUUAGAGGAACUGGGGAUAAACUUUGACCACAUCUGGCAGAAAACUCUGACUGUGCUGCACCCGUUGAAAGCAUCAGAUGGUAGUAUAAUGAAUGAAACCGAUCUGGCUGGUCCCAUGGUGUUCUGUUUGGCGUUUGGGGCAACGCUGCUCCUGACAGGUAAGAUCCAGUUUGGUUACGUGUAUGGCAUCAGUGCUAUUGGAUGUCUGGGCAUGUACUGCCUCCUCAACCUCAUGAGCAUGACUGGGGUCUCGUUUGGCUGUGUGGCUAGUGUUCUGGGCUACUGCCUGCUACCCAUGAUCAUCCUGUCCAGCUUCGGUGUUAUCUUUUCCUUACAGGGCAUAAUGGGUAUCAUUUUAACUGCCGCCAUCAUUGGUUGGUGCAGUCUUUCAGCCUCCAAGAUCUUUAUCUCUGCCUUGGCGAUGGAUGGGCAGCAGCUGCUGGUGGCCUAUCCCUGCGCCCUGCUCUAUGGAGUCUUCGCCCUCAUUUCUGUCUUUUGAACUCUUAUCCUCUUUUAAUGGACAAAAUGACCACCAACACACUCACAAACCUUUAUUUGAGGACUGCUUUUUCCUCAUUAAGGAGUUUCUUAGAGAAUGCUUAUGAUGCAGGUUAAAAAUGAGUUCUAAAGGUCUUUGCAAAAUCGUUUUCUUUACCAUAGUGAAAAUUAAGCAUUUAUGGGAGAGAAUAUAUAAUUAUUGCAAAUGUCAUCUCUCUAACACAACUCUGGUCUUAACUCUGCAAUGUUGGUAUGCAGAGUACACCAGGUUUUUUUUUGUUAUUGUUGUUUUGUCCUCAUUUAAUUAUUUUUCUUUACAUUCCUGAAUUACUGUUGAUUUGAUCAGCCUGUUUAUUUAUACACUUGAGUCAGUAAAAGUAACUAAUUUUCACCAUUUUUUUAUGUACCAGGAAAAUUAAAUGGAACUGUAAAAAAAACUUGUUUGAACCAAUUUAAAGGAAUUUGUCACACCAAAAUAAAGAUGCUGUCAUUUACUUCUGAA